GCGUUAUUCUGGUCGGUGUCGGUUGAUUCAGAUAUCGAUCCUGAACCUAACCACCACGUUAUCGUCGAUAUUUCAACGCUUUACUGUUGUUUCCUACACCGACUGUUCAAGUGACUGAUCUGUUGUUCAUCUUUUCCUUGUCUUCUUCUCUGGUUCUCUACAUUGCACUCUCGAAGCCGCCGACGGUUACGCGAGUUGAGGUUUGAGGAGGUCGUUGGAGUGGUGGGCUUUCAGUAAUGUCAUUCGAGUUCACUCCACAAAAGCAAACCAUCUCUAAUCAACUAUGGGGCAUAACCUCCGCAGUCGGCGCGGGCCUCUGCUUCCUCGUCCUCAUCCUCGCGGGGCUCGUAUGGUUGCAUCAGCCAUCAAGACAUCAUCUUGAUAGAGUGAGCUAUCGGAUCGUGAUGUAUGCUCUAGUGGGAAAUACUAUCUUUGGAAUUGCAAGUGCUGUCGGAGGACAGUUGAGGGGUCCAGGUUUCGGCUGUGGAUUUUCGAUAUUCAUUCUGCAGCUCACGCUCGAGUUCUCGAGCUUCAUGCUCUUCUCUAUCGCUCUCAAUCUCCAGCUUGUUGUCGUCCAUGGAGUCAACGGACGUAGGAUGGAGAAGUUCUACAUCGUGGGGUCUGCACUCAUGGCCGUCAUACUCACCGUCCCGGCGUACGCUGCUGGACAAUAUGGGUGGGAUCCGCUGGAGAAGGAUUGUUGGUAUACAAAUGAUAACAAGGCGCAACGACUAGCCUGGCAGCUCGGGACGCAAAUGGUGUGGACAGGGCUGACGGUGUUAGGAGAGGUCAUGACGUCGUUAACGGUCAUGGUGUUUAUGAUCCGGCAUCAUUUCCGCCAGAAGCAGAUCUUCACAACAAGUCAACAAUCUUCCUCCACGAACAGCCAAAGUCGGUCUCAAGGCGGUGGUAUAGCACCAGCGAAUGCUCCGCAAGUCAUCCAUGCGAAUAACUAUAGGAGCGUCAUUGUGCGGAUUGCGUUAUAUCCAUUGGCGUCAAUGCUGGUGAACGCGUUGAGCAUCAUGACGGCUUUGCAUUCGACGAUUAGUAGUGGUAUCAAUACACAGAAUGAUUACAACAUCUUGCUUCUCAGCGACUUCCUCUAUGGUGGACGAGCCGUCGUAUAUGCACUUCUCGCUGCUUCCGACCCUGCCCUCAUCCGUGGCCUCAAAUCCCUUCUUACCGAUACAUUCCCCUCCUUUUUCGGCCAGAAUUCACGCUUCGGCUCGCAAUAUUCUAACACUAGUAUCUCAUUCGCCGGGGUCGGAAAAUCAUCUAGUCGGAAUCGUGGACAAACAAGUACGUUUGGUGGACGAAGCGGUGGUGGCGUAGACGGUAUGGUGGUCACGAUUGAGCUGGAGACCGUUAGGGAGCCGGACUACGCAAUCACGGCGGAUGUUGGUGCAAAGGACGAUACGAAGGAUAGACGGGAGGGGAGUAGGGAGAGGGAUAAAAUAGAGCAAGAGGACGUGGCGAGCGAGACGAAGAUUAGAGAUCUGGAAGAGGGAGACAUGGGGCUGGAAUUCGGCGUGGAGAGCGAUUCCGAACCAUAUCUUACAGGCGCACCUACGAGACCGCCGCCUCCAUCGAGAACGGCAACAGUGGAUGGGACGCUGAGUCCUCAUAUGCGACCCUCAACUGGCGAUACAGUGCGGAUCGGAAGGACUGCGAGCCAGAGAGAGGGUGAUGUGGGAGGGGCGGAAGGGAGGAGACGGCAGCGUCGUUCUUGGGAUGUCAGUAUGUCGAUGGUUAGGAGAAGGCAGAGAGAGGCGUUGAGGAAGGAGCAGGAGGAUGCGUUUGGGAGGCAGAUAUGAACUUCCACUAGGUGGUGCUUUAUAUCGCAAGUACGAAGCGAGUCUACUACGAGCUGAAGCUGAUGAAAUCUUCUCGUUUAUCUUGUCUUUGACGUUCAAUUAUGGUGUUUAGGAUAUAUUUUGGGCUUGCGAUCGGACUUUCUUGUAGAAGAAUACCCUACCCUAUGUUUGAUUGCUUGUUGUAUGUAUACG